AUGUUGGCUCCAUCCGGCGAUGCAGAUGUGAGGAUUCCAGCACUCUCACCGCAGCCAACCUCUGUCCCGCAACUACAGCCAAGAGCGCAGCCAGGAUCACGACCAACGCCAGACAGCCGCCAGAAGGCGAAGACCACAACAGCAAGAAAGCACGGCCAGAUGCCCGAAGAUCCUCACGCCUAUACCGGCGAAGACUACAAGGACAUCGCCGACGCCGAACUUCUCAACGGCUCCAUUCACACCGACAAGAUCUUCGGCGACUUCGCUGGACGAAUCGCCAAGGCAUGUGGCAGUGACAAGAAAAUCCAACAGAAAAUCAACUCCUUGCGAGUGAAUACCGAGGGCCAGCAAGCACUGAAAAGCAAGAACUGGUUCACUAAGCGGCUAUCACUCUGGUAUGAACGCAAAGCUUCGGAUAGCAAUGGCGAGUUCACGAAAAGCGAGUUCGAAGCCAAGUUUCUUGAGGAGCGAUAUGGUCGUCCAGUUCCUUCGGUACGACUGAACAACCAAGGACAGUACAAGCCCGGUGCGAAGCUGAGUGCGCAAACGCUGGCGAAGCGCAACAGCUCGGCUUCAGCGGAUGGUGCGAGCGACGAGGGCGAAUUUCCUGCUGAGAUGGCAUCUCGUAAGAAGAGAAGCUUUCGGAAGUGA